AUGAAGCAUGCUCUGCCUCGUGAGGGCAGAGGCAAGAUCAUCUUCACCACCCGCAUGCAAAAUGUAGCUUCUCCCGUGGGCGAGAGAUGUAACAUACAUGAACUCGAGCCAUUAUCUGAUGAUUUGGGUUGGGAGCUCUUCUGCAGAAAGGCCUUUUGGGAUAAAGACCCCAAAGGGACUUGCCCACAGCACUUGGUCGGAGUGGGAGAAGCCCUGGUCAGAAGAUGCAAAGGCUUACCACUUGCAAUCGCGGCUAUAGGCGGCCUCAUGUCGAAGAAGAGCAUGGAUGCUUUUGAAUGGAAUAAUGUAUUAAAAAAUCCGGACUGGGAAUUGAGCCACAACGAAGAUCUUGCAAGAUUGAACGAAGCCCUGCUCAUGAGCUACCGUUAUUUACCUCCUCACCUCGAGUACUGUUUCUUGUGUUGUGGUAUGUUCCCUGAGGAUCAUGUAAUCAAGAGAAAGAAGCUGAUCCGCAUAUGGGUGGCUGAAGGCUUCGUUGAGGAGAGUCCAGGGAAGACGCUGGAGGAGGUCUCAAGUGAUUACUUUGUUCAGCUCAUUAACAGAAGCCUCCUCCAGCCUAUCUUUGAAGACUUUACAGGGGAGUUGAUAGCGUGUCAAGUGCAUGACCUCAUGCGUGACAUCGCUAUCUAUAUGUUUAAGAAGGAAGGGUUUGGGACAAUCAUAACAAACCGAGACACCAAGGUGGAUGGAAAGCAACGCCAUUUAGCAAUUCAAAACUGUGAAAUUGGCAUUCUAUCUAGUAUGGUCAAUUUGAAUCCUCGGUCACUCUUUGUAAAUAAUGUAAAUGACUUUCCUUCCUCAUUACGCAGAACAUUAUUAGAUUUUAAGCUGCUGAGAAUACUAGAUCUCGAUGGCAUUCAAGUCAAGAAUCUACCGGACGAAGUGGGUGGCCUAAUUCACUUACGGUAUUUAAGCUUGAGGAGGACACAGAUCAAGAACCUGCCGACUUCAAUAGGAAGAUUGCAUAACUUACAGACAUUGGAUGUCAGGGAUUCCAAUUUGGAAUGCUUGCCUGCUGGAACAGAGAUGCUGCUGCAAUUGAGGCAUCUUCUCUUUGUUGAAUACCUUAAGAUGCCAAGCGGAGCAAUCAAUUUACGUAACCUCCAAACAUUAUCAGGUGCGUUUGUUGAUGAUAGAUUAUCGAGAGAAUUGGGUGAGUUAACCCAACUUAGGAAAUUAAAUGUUGAGGUUAAAGAAGAAUGCUGUGCAGAACUAUGCAAUUCCAUUAGUCAGUUGCAACACCUGCGUUCCCUCAAAAUAUAUGCUUUUGAUGAGAAUGAGCGGCUCCAGUUACAAACAGUGUCGAGGCCUCCGCAGUAUCUUGAGAAACUAAGAGUGGGAGGCGUGAUGAAGGAGUUGCCGGUUUGGGUCGGCUCUCUCAACUGUGUGCGGGUGAUCUUCUUUGUUGACACCCAAUUAACAAGUGACCCACUCACAGCUCUAGGACAUUUACCCAAUCUGGUGUACCUUCUUCUACUGAAUGCUUAUAUGGGGAAGCGGAUUGGUUGUACGGUCGGAGGAUUUCCUAAGCUCAGAACUUUGUCAUUACAAGAAAUGGAAGCAUUGGAGGAGUGGAGCAGCAUAGAUGAGGGUACCAUGCCAUGCCUUGACUAUCUCCACAUUUCUAAAUGUCCAAAUUUAAAGAAGCUCCCGGACGGAUUUCAGCAUCUUGCCGCUCUUCAACAACUAGCCUUGGAGGACAUGGGCGAAGAAUUCAUGGACAGGGUAAAGAAGGGUGGAGAGGACCACUUCAAGGUCCAGCACAUCCCCAAUAUCAUCCGUUAUCACGAUGAUGAUGGGAAAUUGGUCGAGGAUGAGCUGUCAUGA